AACACAAACUUUUUAGAGUAUGAGUUUAAGAAAAAGGAAAAAAUUGGUUCCGGAUCAUUUGGCACCGUAUAUAAGUCCUUUUCACAAAAGUUGAAUAAAGAUGUUGCUUUGAAGAUGUUUAGAGAAUAUAUCAGCAAAGAAAACGAAAACCCUAAAGAAGAGAUUAUUGAUGAAAUUAAAAUCAUGAGUGAACGUGAACUUGUGCAUGUUAAUAUAAUUCAGCUUUUUGGAAUCACACAAGAUCCUGACACGAAGGAUUACGGCCUAGUUCUUCAAUAUGCAAAUCAGGGGACUCUUAGAGCUUAUUUGGAAACGCAUUUCUCUAAGCUUGAGUGGCCAGAUAAAUUUAGAAUGGCACGAGAAAUUGCUAGUGGGAUUAAUUAUUUGCAUAGUAAGAAGAUUGUACAUCGUGAUCUUCAUGAUAAGAAUGUAUUAGUACAUAAUGAUAGUCUGAUUGUCGCAGACUUUGGUUUAUCUAAAUUGUCAGACAACACUUCUAAGACUCAUAUCCAUCCAAAUGGAUUUCCUGCUUACC